AUGGGUUUCAAAGGACAUCAUUCGCAAAUGGCCCAUAAAUUGUCCGUUGCAGUUAUUGUUGCCGUAGUCGGAUUCGUAGCAGCGGUGCCUUCUAACCACCCAACCUACAUCGUGCCUGCUGAACACCGCAGCGAAGUGAGACCACUUAAAGCUUACGAAGCUCUUCCAUACGACCAAUAUGACUACUCAAUCGUACCGGCCGAUGAAUACCGUGUUUCUGAAUACGUCAACCCGGACGACUCGUCUGUGUGGGAUUAUGGCCUUAUAUCAAAAUCUAUUGGAAGUCUUGGAUCGAUUGGUUCGAAAGUUGCUGCUGUUGGCAAGGUACUCAUCGUUAAUGGAGGACUCGUUCUACUCGGAGUAUUACUCGUCGUAGGCUUCUGUGCCUUCACUAAGCACUGCUCCCUCGUCCUCGAGAAGCCCUUCGCCAGACAGCUCCGGUCGCACAUCCCCUACCUCGACGAAAUGGAGGACCUCUUCAGGCGGGCUUAUGAUAAAUAUCACGAAUUGUAA